GGAUCGAGCUUCAUAUGGAACUGUCACCUCUGUUGCAGGUCUAAUUUCUUCUCACUAUACGCAAGGCCUACGGACAAUUUAAAUUGAACAGGCAUGACCAUAUAUGAAAUAAAUCAAAGAUCUUAAUAUACCCCUCGUACCUUCAAGAAGAUUACCACAAUGACUUCUCAACCUACCGCAAACCCCGCCCCCGCAUCAUCAUCAUCAUCACCAUCUCAUCUUGCCUACUUACGACGAUGUCUCUCACUAGCAGAGAAGUCUCCUCCUCGUCCGACAAACUUCCGCGUCGGUGCAAUCCUCGUCCAGCGCCCUGCCAAUGAACCCGACACGACGGUCAAUGACCGGAUCCUCUCGACUGGCUACACCCUCGAGCUGGCAGGCAACACGCAUGCCGAGCAAUGUUGCCUCUCCAACUACGCUGCCGUCCACUCAGUCCCCGACGAACGAGUCUACGAAGUCCUCCCAGAAGAACCCGACAAGAAACUGAUCAUGUACGUGACCAUGGAACCCUGCGGGCGACGACUAUCAGGGAACCUGCCAUGCGUGGAGAGGAUUAUUCAAACCAGACAAGGCGGCCAUAAGGGUAUAGACAAGGUUUACUUCGGCGUCAAGGAGCCAGGCAUAUUCGUCGGGGAAUCAGAAGGGUGUAAGAAGCUGACGGAGGCGGGGAUCACCUGGCAACAUAUCGAAGGCAUGGAGAAAGAGAUCCUAGCUGUCGCGACGGCCGGGCAUGAGAAGAGAGAUGAGGAGAUGAGAGAAGCUACGGGUGGUACGGUAAAUGAGACGAACGUGGAUGAUAUCUCUCCGGAAGAGAGACAAAGGCAGGAACAGAUGCCGAGGAAUCCGAAGAAGAGGAUGAUGGGUUGAGGAGUCCAGUCAUAGGGUCCGAGCGUGACGUAUACUGUAUCUGUUUACUGAGCGGUACGAGAGUAUGCGAUGUCUUUUCUUCGACGGCCAGCGCAUAUACUCGAGCAAAGUACUGGAGUUAUGACCGAUCUUAGCAUUGUUUGAGGAGUUGCGGUGAGGUGUCGGAUGUAGAAUAUAAAGAUUUAUCUCAAUUGAUUCAGCAAUAAUAACACAUCGCGGUUAAACAUAGCCCCGUAAAUUCGAAAGGA